AUGAAGAGGAAGCAGGUCAUCAACAAGCAACACCAGCAGGACGGAGAUGACUCCAGCGACUGCACCUACGACGCCGAAGAGGAAACUACACAGCAGCAGCAGCGCCAUCACAAGAAGAUGCGCGCGGUAAAGCGCGAGCACUCCAGCAGCGACUCAGAUGACAGCGACGCCGCGACGUCGUGGUCUUCGCCGAACCUCCUCACCGCCAAAGAUCUCCCCCUGCGCGCCAUGAAGCAGAGCGUGACCUACUCUGUGGCCGCGCACGGGUGGACGGCCAAGGCCGACAUCUUCGAGGACUACCUGAGCGAGUGGGCGCGCAUGGGCAAGGAGCCCCAGCUCACCGCGCCCGCCUUCGGUCGGCUCGUCCACAAGGCCUUCCCGGGCAUCAAGUCCUGCCGCAUGGGUCCCCGCAUCCGCGCCCGCCACUGCUACAAGGGCCUCGUCCGUCGCGAGGAACUCGACUCCUCGGCCUCUUCCCCGGCCCACUCGCCCAUCUCCUCCUCCGUCGUAUCUUCGCCUUCGGUCGAGUCAUCCACGACAACCACGACGACCGCCACCUCCUCGCCUUAUUCCACGUCGGCCGCGUCGUCGCCCCAGCAGCAGCCGCAUGACUACAACCACCACCACGACGGCCACCAGCAGUGGGCGCAGCACAACAUGGAGCAGGUCUUGAUCGACCUCGAGUCCGAACUCGAGACCGAGAUGCUCAGCAUGGGCAACAUCAAGCAGGAGCCCCUCACCGACGACACCGAGGAGGUCACCGAGGCCUACGGCGUCCCUCAGUACUACCCGCCCCAGCCUCAGCCCCAGCACUACUACCCCGCCGAGCAGAACCAGGGCACCACCUAUUACUCUGCCCCCGACGCCGACGCCGGCUGCACCUCGUCCUCGUCACCGUCGCCCACCGUCGCGUCGCCCUACGAGUGGUCCACCUUCCCCCCGACCGCGACCACACCCGCUGGCAUGCCCUUCUUCACCUCGCUACCGGCCUACACCUCGUCCGUCUCGGUUCCGCUUCCGCCCAACUACUACUACCCGGCCGCCGCCGCGACCACCAGCUUGCCCUAUCAUUAUCCUUACCCGGCCUGGCCCAGCUACCCGGCCGCCAGCACGGCGGUGGCUGGCGGCUUCGGCGUCGUCGACAACUGUGCGGCCGCCCCGUUCGCCUACACCUCGAUGCCACCCGCGACGUCGAUGCUCUACUCGUCGGAGGCCGUACCUGCGCCGCAGCCUUCCUCGCUCUCUCUUUCUUCGUCGGGUCGAUCGGACAUCCUCCUGUCGUCCUUCCUCAGCUUCGACCUGUGA